AGAAAAAAACGCUGAAUAACAGAGACGGAGGAGAAGAAGGGAAGAGAUAGAGAGAAAGAGUUGUCCUUUCCUUUACAGUCUGUAGUUACUCACUUCCACCAACCAACACUCUCCACCUGACCUCUAAACCGCCAUUUUUAACGGACUUUUCCCCUCUUCCUCUAUCUCUAUGUCUUUAUAAGCAAACCCUAAUUUUACAUUCUAGGGUUUCUUUCUGAGAUGAAUUAUUAGAGCUUUUUUUAUGCUUCUUUUUUUCUUUCUUUCUAAAUGAGUCUCAGUUAUUUCACUUUGUUCUUUUUAUUCUUUACUAUUUUCAGUUCAGUUUCAGCUUCUGACCAAUCGGAGCUCCGAUCCUUACUUGAGUUCAAGAAGGGUAUUGAGUCCGACCCGCUUGACAAAAUCAUUUCAGCAUGGGAUCCAUCUUCUUUAGUCAACCGGAGUUCUUGUCCGGACUCUUGGCCCGGCAUCACCUGCGACACUUCUACCAGUUCAGUCACCGCCAUUACCCUAGACCGCCUGAGUCUCGCUGGUGACCUCAAGUUCUCUACUUUGCUCAAUCUUAAGUCACUCCGGAACUUAUCUCUCUCUGGUAACCAGUUCACGGGUCGACUUGUACCCACAUUGGGAUCCAUGAGCUCGCUUCAGUACUUGGAUCUAUCAGACAACAAGUUUUCUGGGCCGAUCCCAGGUCGGAUCGCUGAGUUAUGGAACUUGAAAUAUAUAAAUUUAUCAAUGAAUGGUUUUGAAGGUGGUUUUCCGGUUGGUUUGCCGGUUCCGUUCAGGAAUCUGCAACAAUUAAGGGUUCUGGAUUUGCAUUCUAAUAAGUUUGGAGGUAAUGUUCGUGAGGUGUUGAGUGAAUUGAUUAAUUUGGAGCAUUUGGAUUUGAGUGAUAAUCAGUUCUAUGGUGAGCUUGGUGGUCUCAGCGUAGAGAAUGCUUCGGGUUUGGCUAAUACGGUGCGUUUUGUCAACUUCAGCGGAAAUCAGUUGAAUGGUGGGUUUCUGAGAGCAGAGGUGAUUGCUUUGUUUAGGAAUUUGGAAAGUUUGGAUUUAAGUAACAGUGGCAUUAAUGGGAAAUUACCUUCAUUUUUGUCUAUGCUGAAUUUAAGGGUACUUAGAUUGGGGAAUAAUCAGUUGUUUGGACAAAUUCCGGAUGAAUUUUUGAAUGGGUCGAUGCCAAUUGAAGAAUUGGAUCUUAGUAGCAAUGGAUUUACGGGUCUUCUACAUCGAAUUAGUUCGUCAACUCUGGAUGUUUUAAAUCUCUCUUCAAAUGGUUUAUCAGGCUCUUUGCCUGCAUUUAUUGACAAAUGUACAGUUGUGGAUCUUAGUAGAAAUAAUCUCUCUGGUGACAUGUCUGUUAUGCAGAAUUGGAAAGCCACUCUGGAGGUUCUUGAUUUGAGUUCAAACAAGUUGUCUGGAAACGUGCCAAACUUAAAUUCUCUGUUUUUAAGAUUAAGCAAACUUAACCUCAGGAAUAACUCCCUAGGGGGUAACUUGCCUUCUCAACUGGGGGCCAGUCAGGGAUUGUUGGCAAUUGAUCUCAGUUUAAAUCAACUUAGUGGGCCUAUCCCAGGUGGCUUCUUUACUUCAAUGACUUUGACGUACCUGAAUCUUUCAAGAAAUCAGUUCACAGGGCCAAUUCCUUUGAAAGGCUCACAUAUGGGUGAAUUAUUAUAUUUACCUUCCUAUCCAAAGAUGGAGUCUCUUGAUCUUUCCCACAAUUCCUUGACAGGUGGGUUGCCUUCAGAAGUUGGUAACAUGGGAAAUCUCAAAUCAAUUACUCUUUCAAACAAUAACUUAUCAGGGGAGCUGCCAGUUGAAUUGAGCAAACUUACCUACUUGCAGUACCUUGAUUUAUCCAGCAACAAUUUUGAGGGUAAAAUCCCUGAUAAGCUUCCAUCCAGCCUAAUUGGAUUCAACGUGUCCUAUAAUGAUUUAAGCGGCACUAUUCCAGAAAACCUGAGAAGCAAAUUUAGUAUUUCUUCAUUUCGUCCUGGGAAUUCCUUGCUGAUAUUUCCAAAUGAUGAGCCAUCAACAAAUUCUGUUCCCAAUCAACUAUCUAGCCAUGGUAAACAUCAUAGUGCAAAGCAUGGUGUUACAAUAGCAAUUAUUGUUGGUGCAGUUUUGACUAUGAUGGUUUUAGUUUUACUGGCCUAUCAUCGGGUACAUCAAAAAGAAUUUCAUGUAAGAAAUAGAUUUGGGAACCAAACUUCAGGGGAAGAUGCUAAGGUUGAAAGAUCUGCUCGAUCCUCCCUUUUCAAAUUCCACUCGAAUGUUCAUCACCCACCAACAUUGUUGAGUUUUUCAAAUGAUCACCUGCUUGCUUCAAAUUCAAGGUCAUUAUCUGGGCAGAAACAGUUUCCGAAUGAAAUUGUUGAGCAUGAUUUUCCUGGGGGUGUGGCUGCUAGCUUGGUGUCUUCAAAUCCUAAUUUGCUAGAGAAUUGUCCAACAACAUCGGGUAGGAAGUCCUCGUCAGACUCUCCACGAACUUCCUCUCCUCGUUUUGUCGAGGCACAUGAACAAUCUGUGAAGCUGGAUGUCUAUUCUCCAGAUCGGUUGGCUGGAGAGCUAUUCUUCCUUGAUGCUUCACUAGCAUUCACUGCAGAGGAGUUAUCUCGAGCUCCUGCAGAAGUUCUUGGCAGAAGCAGCCAUGGAACUCUGUAUAAAGCCACUCUAGACACUGGGCAUAUGUUGACCGUGAAAUGGUUGCGGGUGGGACUGGUCAAAAAUAAGAAAGAAUUUGCUAAGGAAGUUAAAAGAAUAGGCUCUAUAAAACAUCCCAAUAUUGUUCCACUGCGAGCAUAUUAUUGGGGGCCUAGAGAGCAAGAGAGACUUCUUCUAGCAGACUAUAUCCAGGGGGACAGCUUGGCCCUACAUCUAUAUGCCAGCCAAUUUGACCUCGUCACUGGAAUAGCUUGAGUUAAGCUGGAACCUGCAACUAUCUGGAUACUACAGCUUUCUGAUACUAUCAUUACUUUCGCUGGGGUUUGUCUAUGUUUUGACAACCUCUUCGCUUAUUCCAGGAUUUUUUUUGAUCCAAUAAAUAAAGAAACUUAGACAGGAACUAGAUUAAUGAUUUUAGGUACUGUUUAUUGUAACAAUUGUUCAGGUACUUCUAUUCAUUAGGAUGUAUUGAUAAUUUUACAAUUUUGCAGGAAUGGGGUUGGCUGAAAUAUAUUGCUUACAAUUACAUCUAUUUAUUCUUAAAAUGGUGUCCUAGUAAGUCUGAUAGUUAUUUUUAGUUUUUAAAUGGAGUUCAAGUACUUGUGGGCUUAGGAACUGAGUCUAAAAAUAUAAGUAAUGCCUAUUAGUCAGUUUUUUCAUUGAAUAAAAUCAAGCAAUUAUGUCUUCUUGUGCUGUGCUGCAAUUUCUAACACCUAGAACUUGUGUCAUUUCUUGAUAGGUUUUGAGUCCUAGAUCCUGUUAGUAUGAAGCUAGACGUUUAAAUUUGUUUGCUUAACUUUUUCUCCUUUGCCUGAAGACAAUAUCUGCCUCGUUAUCUUUGAGCCCUAAUCUUGUGUUCCACAAAUCCUAGCUUUAGUCUCUGAAAAUGAGUAGUAACCAGUUUGAGUAAACUGAGAGUAGACUGGUUUAUCAUAAUCUAAUUAGUUAACAAGUACCUCUUUAGGAACUCUGUAGUCUUAGUAUAGAUCUGAGAGCAGUGUUCUGUUGAUCACAUAAAAUUGUAAAUUUUGGCAGCUAUGUCGGAAUUGAAGGUCAGUGUAGUGUUUGCAUCUGCAGAACAUUCGUAGUGUAGUAGACAGUAACCUUUCAUGCUAAUAAUAAUUUAGUAAGCCAAUUUACAUAGUUACUCUAAAGUGGAUUUUGUAGACCUUACUGCUGGGGUGAGGGAGUGGUUGGUCUGGUCUGUUUGGUUUGAAUUUUCAUAAAAUCGAAGAGGGAAACCCAACCCAAACCAAAACUCUAGAAAUAAGUAAAAAACAAACACAAAAUGACAGAAAUUUCAACAUACAUCUUCGAAUCGGUUAAUUUUGGUUUUUAUUUUUUUAUUUUUUUUAUUACUAAAACUUAACUGAAAUUUAACAAAAACUGAAGUCAAAUCUAACCAAACCGAAUUACUGAAAUAUAACCAGUUUGGUUUAGUUUUCAGUUAACAUUACCAUUUGCUCACCCCCUACAUGUGCCUUUCCAUAGAUCUUUGUAGGAUCAUCAGCGACGAUAUCUAUUUGGAUAAGUUCUGGUGGAAAUACUGGAAUGAUGAAUAGUAACUGAUCUAAUAUGCUUGAGAGAUGAAUAUGGAUGUAGUAAACGUUAGAAUGAGAACAAGGUGUUUGGUUUUAAGUAGUUCUGCAACUGGAAAUAGAAAAAAACCAUUGGCACUUAAAAGGGAAGGGGUAUGAGAAGUAGAUGUUGCGAGAGUGCAGUUCUAGUUAGCUGCUUUGUUGCUUAAGUCCUUAAUUCAGGAGGAGAAUCAGAGACUGUUCGGCAGCAGUGGCUUUAAAAAAGGAUGGAUUUAAGUGUCCAAGAUUGAAAUAGUGAGGAAGAAAUUUGAAAAACUUUACAUUAAGGUUAAGUUUUUAAUUCCUUGAGGCGUCUAUGGCUCAAGUGAAAUAUGCCUUGCACUUGCACAUGUUUAAAUAAUUGAUCAUGAUGCACUUGUUCCCUUGUGAUUUGAUUGGCUGCGCCAGAUUGUCUGGUUAUUAACUGGGAGAAUGUGCUUUUGCUUGCGGUUUGAGAUGUCGCUUGGCCAUGAGUUUUUUUUUUUCAUCUAGCUUUGGGCAGACAAAAAUUUCCUAGAGUCUGAUUUUUGUUAAGUUACUGCACCAUAACUUGGAUUUGAAUUGCUAGGUUAUAACUAUUUGUGGCUGUUUGUGCGCACAUGUUUCCAGUGUGUUCGAAAUUCAGGGGUCUCAUGUGAUUUGCAUUUUAGCUUCAGCAUGGUAUGUGAUCUUAACUGGCAUGGGAUUUAUGGGAGUAGGACUAGAGUUUACGUUGAUGACUAAAAUGGAAAGUUGCCAGAUUGGCUUCUAUAUCUUAUUAUUUAUAUCUUUCUCUUUUCAUCUAAUAGGUGUAACCUUUAUUUUCAGAAUAGAGUUGUCACUAACUCGGGGUUUGGGCCUAACCAAGAGGCCAAAACUAGGUUUUCAUUGUCAGUAGUUCACAUAGGUCAUUACCUAUAAGAUCAUAUUGAUAUUCCCUUUUUCAACUGGGGACUUGGGGAAUCACAACAAUCUUCAACAGUGUCCAAAACCUUUUAUGGAGCUAUUCUAGUAGUCAAUGAAUAUAUCAGUUCUAGCGUGAUACAAUUAGGUUAGAUGGUGUUACUAAUUUUUCCUAGUACUGACCAUGAAAAAAUCGUGGAGAUACUGGAGAGAUCUUCGCAUCACUUGCACAUGCUUGUAGAAUUGUUUGCAAGGCUUUUUUUUAAUCUUUCAACGAGCUUUUUUUCUCCCUUAGCUGAUGA